GAUGAUGAUGAUGAUGAUGAUGAUGAUGAUGAUGAUGUUGAUGAUGACAAGAAGGAGAGCAGGGAAGGGGAGCAGGAGAGGGAGGAUAACAAAGGAAGUAAAAAGGAUUUGGAAAAUCAGGAGGAGGAACAAGAGCAGACUGUGGCGAACGACGAAAACGAUUAGGGACUGA